AUGGCGGGGGUCCCCAGUCUGGGAAAUCUUCUGAAGUCUGGAACUGGCCCCCUGACUCCACUGCCAAGGGCAGAUGCAGAGGGAAAAAGAAGAAAAAAACAUGACGUCAUUGUUUAUCAACCUAAAGAAGUUCUGAAUCCCUCUUCCAAAGUAAUGAAUUGUUUCAGACUACUGUGGGUAAACAGUUUUCAGAAAGCAUACACGACCAGACUUGUCAGCAACCAGUCACUUUCGGCCAUGGCAAGAAAACCAGAUCACAACCUACUUUCUCAGUCCAAGAAUAAUAGCAUUGGGCAGAACCAUAAUCAGAAAGAAAUAAUCCCCAAGUUGGCCAUGCAGCUAAGAAACAUUGGGGACACAAUCAAUUGUAGUAUGGUUCAUAAGGAUCUUCAACAAGAAGGCAGAGAUGCAUUGGCUCAUUUUGUCAUAUUUUUCUUUGGAAGAGUUGAUAGGUUCCUGCACUUUCUCUGGAAUAACCAUUUAAUGUAA